AUGGCUUCGCGUCCCGUUGUUCAAGUGCGUUCGCUCGAAGGCGAGUCGACGAGCACGCUCCCUUUGCCCGCCGUCUUCACCGCGCCGAUCCGUAACGACGUCGUGGCGCAGAUCCACAAGUCGGUCGCCAAGAACCGUCGCCAGGCCUACUCCGUCGCCGAGAAUGCCGGUCACCAGACCUCGGCCGAGUCGUGGGGAACCGGUCGUGCCGUCGCGCGUAUCCCCCGUGUCGGUGGUGGAGGAACGCACCGUUCGGGCCAAGCUGCGUUCGGUAACAUGUGCCGAGGCGGUCGCAUGUUCGCGCCGACCAAGACCUGGCGCAAGUGGCAAGUCAAGGUCAACUUGAACCAGAAGCGAUUCGCCGUCGUCUCGGCCGUCGCGGCCACCGCUCUCCCCUCGCUCGUCCUCGCCCGCGGCCACCGCAUCGAGGCCGUUUCUGAGAUCCCCCUCGUCGUCUCGUCGUCGGUCGAGUCGAUCCAAAAGACCAAGGCCGCCGUCGCCGCGCUCCAGGGCCUCCACGCCCACGCUGACGUCACGAAGGUCAUCGCGUCCAAGAAGGUCCGCGCCGGUAAGGGUAAGGCCCGCAACCGCAAGCACCGCCAACGCCGCGGCCCCCUGAUCGUCUACAACGAGGACAAGGGCAUUGUCAAGGCGUUCCGCAACAUUCCCGGCGUCGAGACCGCCAACGUCCGAAGCCUCAACCUUCUCCAACUCGCACCCGGAGGUCACCUGGGUCGAUUCGUCAUCUGGACCGAGGGCGCUUUCGCCCAGCUCGACGAGGUGUUCGGCACCUACGAGAAGGCCUCGACCCUUAAGAAGGGCUACACCCUCCCCAUCUCCAAGAUUACUAACCCCGAUGUCACCCGCAUCAUCAACUCCGAGUCAGUCUUCUUGGUCAUAAUCAUCUCACUCGGCCAUCAGGCCCAAAAAUGGCAUCCUUGCUGACCCUCUGAGCUCUAUGCCCUCUUUUCUUCGUCAGCGAAAUCCAAUCCGUCGUCAAGGCCGCCGGUGCCCCCACAACCAAGCGCGCCAACGUCCAACGCAAGAACGCGCUCAAGAACCGAGCCGUCUUGUUCCGCCUCAACCCUUACGCCAAGACGUCGAUCCGUCAAGCCCUCGCGGCGGAGAAGUCGGCCAAGGAAGGCAAGGCCAAGAAGUCGGGCCACAAGCAACCUCUGGUCAAGGCAUCCAAGGAGUGGAAGGCCAACCUGACGUCGGCUUAA